GUUCUCUUCCAUUAUAGAGUAGCUAUUAGCUGUGUUGUGUAUACAGUUUUUUCAUUGUAGGGAUCGUUUGAUUCUGAAUGGGACUUUAGAACAAUUUUUCGAGGUUACUGAUGUAAGACGAAUUGCAAGGAAAGACGUAUCUUCCAACUGGCGUCCGGUAGCAGAAAAGAAGAUUUAUAGGCGUACGUCAAGUGGCGGUGGGUCUAAUUUUCAGUGUAGAGAGAAUCGGUUGCGAUAAGCAGGUCGCAAUUGGGCAACAUCACAAAAGUGGUUUACUGGGAAAAAUCGAUUAGCAGUGAGGCGUAUUCUGGUGAUUUGCAGCUGGUGAGUGUAUGGCUUUCGGGGCAGCGGUGGGAGUUUAAUUGGGAUCCGUUCCCGUUACAUUGUGAGGAACAUUGUGUAUAGUGUCGCAUUCUUACUGGAAUCGUGAAGAAAGGGUGAUUAUUCUCAAUAGUGAAAAAUAAUCGUGAUCGUAAAAACAACACACCUCCUUGGGGUGCGGUGCGGUGCAUGCAUGUGUGCGCUAAAAUCAGAAAGAGAAAUUGUUAUGAAGCAAGUGUGAGCCCUGGUGAGAACCCAAUUCAAAGUAGGCGCUGUGCAAUUGAUCAAUUGGCAUUAAAUGGCUGCAGUUUUUUUCGUGGGGUAAUCAAAGUGGCUCGCCUUGGAAGUUCACUGGUUACUUAGGUUCGAGCCCGACGAACGCGCGAGCGGAGAGGGAUGCUGAAUGCUGCGGUAAAACUAACCAGUCAUCGUUUAUUCGCUGAUAGUUUGGAUCGUAGCACGCAGUGCUGUUCUCAAUAGUAAUAAGAAAAAAAAUAAAUAAACACAAAGUGAACCAAUCGAAAACGGAAGGCUGUAGCUGCAUUUAAAACUAGUCUGCAGCAAAACGAACGACCACAGUACGUACAAGCAUUGACCUGGCGAAGACGGAAGGCAGAUUCUCAGCAGCUGUGCCCUUUCAAGAAAAUAUGAAGAUUAACGCAACGACCAAAAUGGCAACCCCAAUAGAAGAGAAAUUCGAUCAGAAUCUUAAGACCCGCUCCGGAAUGGUGAUGAUAAGCGAUGGCAAAAGCAAACCAGAACUGGCCCGGCUACAUCUGUCUAUGGAGAUGAUCACAAUUCAAAAGCAGGACACAUCCACACCGGCACCGACGCCUACCAGCACCAGUCAUCCACCGAUAGAGUCUAAGGAACGCAUGGUACAAAUCACCCGGCAAAAGGUCGGCGGUCUAGGUUUAAGCAUAAAGGGCGGUGCCGAGCACAAACUUCCGAUACUGAUAUCCAGGAUCUACAAGGACCAAGCUGCCGAUGCAACAGGUCAGCUGUUUGUUGGCGAUGCUAUCAUCAAGGUCAACGGUGAAUACAUCACAGCAUGCCCACACGAUGAUGCGGUGAACAUCCUCCGGAACGCUGGUGACAUCGUAGUACUAACAGUCAAACAUUACCGAGCGGCAACGCCAUUCCUGCAGAAGCAACUGAGUAGAGAGACUCCCGAGUCGGACAACGAUGCAACAUGCGCCGAGCUGAAGGCGGACGAGGUUUGGAAAUCGGCAAACAACAGCAGACCAGUUUCAAUCAGCUCCGAGCCGGAAAAUCGAUGGAUUGAUUUAGUGUCGGUUCCCCUCAUGAUGGCCUACGUGACCCGCUACAUCUACGGUACGGACAAGCUUCGACCGAAUGCAUUCGAAGUGCGCGGCCUCAAUGGAACCACAACCGGAAUAAUUCACUGUGACGAGCUGGCAAUCCUCAGUCACUGGCUCAAGUACAUCACCGACAACAUUGUGGGACUGACCAAUCUGCAGAUGAAGCUGUACAAUCGCAACUUUCCCGUCGGCGAACGGAUCGAGUACAUGGGUUGGGUGAACGAAGGUGUCAUCAGCAAUCACAUCUCGUGGCAGAGCUAUAAACCACGCUUCCUGGUACUGAAGGGCACCGAGGUGAUGCUGUUCGAUGCGCCUCCGCUCAACGUGGCCAACCUGCAGAAGGCAACCGUAGCGUACAAGGUCUACCAGACGAUGUUCCGGGUGGUGAAGGAGUCCGAGACGGUGGACUCCCGGCAGCAUUGCUUCCUGCUGCAGAGUUCCGGCCACGAACCGCGCUAUUUGAGUGUGGAAACGCGCCAGGAGCUGCUGCGAAUUGAAAACAGUUGGAAUGCUGCCAUCGUUACUAGUGUUAUCAAAUUAGGGCGUAAAACAUUUGCGGUAUCUCAUCACGGUAAGACUGGUGGUUUGACCUUGGACUGGCAGGCCGGAUUCUCACUGACCGAGGGCGCCGAUGCUAACAUUAUUUGGCAGUACAAAUUUUCACAGCUGCGAGGUUCGAGCGACGAUGGUAAAUCCAAACUGAAACUACACUUUCAGGACCACGAAACGCGCUCCAUCGAGACAAAGGAGCUCGAAUGCCAAGUUCUACAAAGUUUGCUCUUUUGUAUGCAUGCGUUUUUAACGGCUAAAGUUGCUUCGGUUGAUCCGGCCUUUUUGAGUUCGAUUCAGCAGGCUUGAAUUUGCGCUGAAGCUGCUGCGGUUGGUCGAGGUGCCGGUGAUUGUGACGAUGAUGACGCAGGCAGCGUACUUCAGAUUACAAUUGUAGAAUCGUAAGCAAUUAGUAGAGUAGAGCGCUAAUUAGGGGAGGGUUGAACCUACACGGAAUCAAACAAUCAAAAUUACACUAGUCUCAGCAAGUGAGAACUGAUGGCAAAGUCAAAAAAAAUGAUAGGUGUGUUCGAAUAGGUUACCCAGUCACAAAGAAAGCAACACAAAAGAAUGAUAUUCAGUCGAGUUUUCCAGAAUUGAUACAUAUGUAAGUGACUAGAACUAAAAUUGACUGAUUUUCACAAGUAUUUGCUUUAGUUUCUAAACGGAACAAGGUAUUUAGUAGAACUAGUUUUUAUUUAGAAUUUAGCUCAUCCUAGAGCAGACGAAGAAACGGAUUGCAGCCAACUGGUGGGUGACGGUUGGAUCUUUUAUGUUUUUCAUGUAUAGAAAGGUGCUAAUUACGAAAAAACAAAGAUCAUCAAUCGACGUUUGGAAUCCAAAAGGAAUAGCCUAAUCAGGUCGAAGGCUGUUGAAAAUAAAACAACAUUAAUCGAACGUGACAGGGGGCAAUGUAAUUGAAAACCAAAUAAAUUUGAAUAGAAAUGGACUCACGCGAGAACCAACAAGUAAAGGUACGGUAACGAAAGGUACCGGAAUGCGUGUAAAAGUACCCACGUGUAACACGAACCGUCAUGUAGAAUGUAAUUGAACGAAAUAUUGUGCUAACCAAAGCAGUUAGGACGUUAAGCGCAGCGUAGUUUGCAUAAGAAAUAAAUACAGUUUUUUUUAUGAUAAUAAAGUGAUGAUAUACGGCGUAGAAAGUGAGAAUUUAAGGCAAAUGAAUCAGCGAAGGCGAACGAUAAGCAUACCGAAUGGAAAAUUGUUCCGUGGUUAUCGGUUGGAAUGAUUGAUUGAGUUCAAACGGGCACUGGCCGUUGUUGGUUCUAGCGCACGUCACGAAAGAAACGAAAGCUGAUCUAUGUUUUGUUUUCUAACAUACAUGUGAGUGUAUUUUGAAAUUAAAGCAACCACAAAGGUAAGCAACUGUAGAUUUUUGGUGGACCACUAAGAUAUCAAUGACGAAUUAAAAAAAAUAAACAUUGCGUUAAUUUAUCGUAGCCUACGCAAACUAACACGACCAUCAGGUUGAGGAAACUUUACCUGAUGGUGGUGUUAGUUUGCAUGGGCGAGCUAAGAGUUUCGAUAAAUUAACGUUUGAAUCUAUGUUUACACACGGAGAUACGUCACUUUGAAAAUUUAACCCUGAUAUAUAUUUUUUUAGUUACUGUGCAAGGUUGAACAACAGUGCUUAAUAUUGGACAGUUUGA